AUCAGACACAUCACGUGACCGCUCAUAUUUUCUCGUCUUCUUAGAGUGAAGAGCUCAGUCGUAUUCAUUGUCCGAUCAUUAAGCAUGUCGGCCGGAUCUAUCGAGAUCCCUCUCCGUGAUACGGACGAGGUGAUUGAGUUGGAUCUUGACCAGUUGCCUGAUGGUGAAGAAGUAUUGAAUAUUCUUCGACAAGAAAUUGCCCCAUUAAACAUUUGGGUCAAUUUGGCUCUGGAAUAUUACAAACAAGGUUUUAUCGAAGACUUUGUCAAGAUACUUGAAGCUUCUCGUGCCGAUGCCAGUUAUGACUAUCCAAAUUAUGAAAAAGACCAAAUGCGAGCACUGGACACCCUUGCUGCAUACUAUGUGCAGCAGGCACAUAAGGAGAAGAACAAAGAGAAAAAGAGGGACCUGUUCACUCAGGCCACUCUCUUGUACACCACUGCUGACAAAGUCAUCAUGUACGAUCAGAACCAUCUUUUGGGUCGAGCGUAUUUCUGUUUGCUGGAAGGUGAUAAGAUGGAGCAGGCUGAUGCUCAGUUUAACUUUGUACUUAACCAGUCAAGCAACAACAUUCCGUCUCUCCUCGGUAAAGGGUGUAUUGCUUUCAACAAGAAAGACUACCGUGGAGCCCUUGCCUACUACAAAAAAGCCCUAAGAACCAACCCCAGUUGCCCCGCUUCUGUAAGACUUGGUAUGGGACAUUGCUUUGUAAAACUUGGCAAGCUUGAAAAGGCAAAGAUGGCUUUUGAGCGUGCCCUUUUCCUCGACCCUCAGUGUGUCGGUGCCUUAGUUGGACUCGCUAUCCUCAAAAUGAAUGCUAAAACUCAAGAUUCAAUUAAAACAGGAGUGCAGUUAUUGUCAAAAGCUUACACAAUUGACUCAACCAACCCAAUGGUUUUAAACCAUUUGGCUAACCAUUUCUUUUAUAAAAAGGAUUAUCAGAAAGUGCAACAUCUUGCAUUACAUGCCUUCCAUAAUACAGAGAAUGAAGCAAUGAGGGCAGAAAGCUGCUAUCAGCUGGCAAGGGCUUUUCAUGUCCAGGGUGACUAUGACCAAGCUUUCCAGUAUUACUAUCAGUCAACCCAGUUUGCACCCACCAGCUUUGUACUUCCAUUCUUUGGCCUGGGGCAGAUGUACAUCUACCGUGGUGACAAUGAAAAUGCCGCCCUGUGUUUUGAGAAAGUCUUAAAAGCUCAACCUGGAAAUUAUGAAACUAUGAAAAUUUUAGGCUCUCUUUAUGCCAAUUCCGAAGAUGUUGCAAAGAGAGAUACCGCCAAACAACACCUCCGCAAGGUCACAGAACAGUUCCCGGAGGAUGUUGAGGCCUGGAUUGAAUUAGCUCAGAUUCUGGAACAAACUGAUGUCUUGGGUGCCCUUUCGGCAUAUGGCACUGCCACCAGAAUUCUGAAAGAUAAAGUUCAAGCUGAUGUGCCACCCGAGAUUCUUAACAAUGUGGCUGCCUUACAUUUUAGAAUUGGCAAUUUCAUGGAAUCCAAGAAAUAUUAUGAAGCUUCACUUGAACGCUCCCGACAUGAAGCACAGCACGAUGAGACAUACUACAGUGCAAUCUCAGUAACCACAACCUACAACUUGGCGCGACUCUAUGAAGCAACCCAUGAGUAUGAUAAAGCAGAGAAACUGUACAAGAAUAUUCUGAGAGAGCAUCCUAACUAUGUCGAUUGUUACCUGAGAUUAGGUUGCAUGGCACGAGAUCGGGGACAAAUCUAUGAAGCGUCUGAUUGGUUCAAAGAAGCCCUACAGAUAAACCAGGAUCAUCCAGAUGCCUGGUCUUUAAUUGGAAACCUUCAUUUAGCCAAACAAGAGUGGGGCCCUGGGCAGAAGAAGUUUGAACGAAUUAUCCAGAGACCUAAUACCAAAGAUGACUCUUAUUCCCUUAUUGCUCUUGGCAAUGUCUGGCUACAAACUCUUCAUCAGCCAAUCAGAGACAAAGACAAGGAGAAACGACAUCAAGACCGAGCUUUGGCUAUGUACAAACAGGUACUAAGAAAUGAUGCACGCAACAUUUGGGCUUCAAAUGGGAUUGGUUGUGUUCUUGCCCACAAAGGCUGUAUCAACGAAGCCAGAGAUAUAUUUGCUCAAGUCCGUGAGGCGACUGCUGAUUUUUGUGAUGUCUGGCUUAAUAUUGCCCACAUUUAUGUGGAACAGAAACAGUAUGUAGCUGCAGUACAAAUGUACGAGAACUGUUUACGUAAGUUCUUCAAAUACCACAAUACAGAAGUGCUCCUGUAUCUAGCCAGGGCUUACUUCAAGUGUAGCAAGCUGAAAGAGUGUAAACAACUGCUGCUGAAGGCACGUCAUGUUUCUCCCAGUGACACAGUGCUUUUGUACAAUAUUGCGUUGGUGCAGCAGAAGCUUGCAAUGUCAAUAUUGAAGGAUGAGAAAAGUAACCUGAAAGCUGUGUUAAGUGCAGUUGAGGACUUGAAACUGGCUCACAGAUAUUUCAUGUAUCUCGGUCAACAUGGAGACCGUAUGAAGUUUGACCUGGCACAAGCUGCCAUAGAAGCAGGGCAAUGUCAUGAUUUGCUGAGCCAAGCCCAAUACCAUGUGGCCAGAGCACGACAGAUCGAUGAACAGGAGAAGGAAGUUAGGAAACAACAGGAACAAGCCAGGGAAGCCCUUCACCAGAAACAGCAACAGAUCAUUAUGGAAAGGCAGAAAGAGAAAGAAGAAAAGGAGAGACGUCUAGCAGAACAGCGUGCUGUUAUUGUACAGAAGGCCAAGAAACUGGCUCAAGAGGUUGAAGCAGCCGAGGAGGAGAAACCCAAACGCAAGAAGAAGAAAUAUGACGAUGACAUAGUGACAGAUGGUUCUGGUGAUGAAAUGCCACGUAAGAAGAAGAAGCGUAAGGGUGGUGGCAGUGGAUCAGAAGAGAUGGGAUCUGAUGGCGAAAUGAAGAAGAAGGUGAAACGAAAGAGAAGGCCACCGAAAGAGCCGCGUCAGCGAAAACCCCGCCAACCGAAGGACUCGAGAAAGAAACCCCGAUUGGACGAGGAUGAUGGCUUGACAGCUAAACAGAGGCGUAAAGUUGUGUCGAAGGCACUUAUCUCCUCAAGUGAAGGCAGCGAUUCUGAUGAUGGAGAAAAACUACAGAUUGACGAAAAGGGAGAUGGCAGCAAUGAUGAUGACAGCAGCACCGAAGGCAGGUCGAAACAGCGUAUCUUGUCUUCUGGUAGCGACAGCGACGAUGGACCCUCAACAUCGAAGGGAGCCCGUGGUAGAGUGAGGUCCGAAAGUGAUAGUGACGAUGACGGCGGCGGCCGCAGUGCCCGCAGGAGCCAGAGCGGCAGCGGCAGCAAUCGCAGCGACAGCAGUUCUGACAGUGAUGUUGGCGGCCGUCGAGCCGGGCGUGGACGCGUCCGUCGCCCGAAGCAGAAACGGAAGAGGAACAGUAGCAGUAGCAGCGGUAGUGGAGACGGCGGUGGCAGGUCAUCUGGUGCUGAGAGUGGCGGCGGCGGUGGUAGCCCUGCGGCUACAUCUCCUCGUGCAGGAGGAGACAGUGGAAGUGAGGCUGGAAGUGCUAGCCCAUCAGGUGGUGCUGCUAACAGCAAGGGAAGCAACUCUGAUGAUGACUCGGAUUGAGUUGUGUCCCUUGUUAUCCUCUCCUUCCACUCUCCCCCUCUCUCUUUCUUUCACCUCAGACUAAGAAAUUCGCCUCAUUUAUCUUGCAUCUACUGUUUUAAUCACAGCUCUGUAAAUCUGCCUUCUCCUCCCUUCCCCCCCUAAAGAAAUAUAUAAACUGUAUACUGUGGGGGCCUCAAACCUCCACCUUCCAUAUUACUUCUCAUUCCCCUCCAUUCACAGACGCACACACAUCUAUGCAUAUUGAUAUAUAUAUAUACACACUCACACGUUUAACAUAGAUGCAUAAUAUCAAAGUGCAUUCACCUACAAGUGCACCACACACACACACAUACAUAUAUAUGUGUGUGUGUGUUUGAUUCUGGUAAUUCCGUCUCAUUGUUAUUCAGCUUCACACACAAUGCACUCUUUCAGAUGACAAGA